GGAUAUUUGACUCCUUGCUCUCGGCACGAUGUCAAACGUCAGAAACCAAACAUAUUCUAUAGGAAGGAAGAGAAAGAGACUGAAUGUCAUUCAUGUCGGGCAUUUGGGGGCGCCAGCACGAAGACUAACGACUAGCUCGUUAAGUUAACAGUUUCAUUGGGGUUUUCUUUUCUUUCAUUUUGCAUUUCUUUCAAAGAAGGAUUCACGCGGGACCCAUCAGCCUCAUUGGACUGCUUCAGCUGAGAUGAUGAGCUUGUCUUGCCUUUACGCGCUGUUCGUUUGGAUUAGUUUAGUGUAUCCUGCGCUUGGAACUGGGUUUGUCUAUCGCUUCCCAGGCAUCACAAUCCAGCGGCAGCGCAUCAAGUCGGAACACAGCAGCAGCACGGGACCACCCGGUACCGGGUCACGUAGGAACUGGUGUCAGCACACUGUUUUCAAGACAGUGACCUGCAAAGUGCACAAUGGGACAGAAAGCUCAGUGCAGAGAGUGUUUCAGGGCUGCAGAUGGCCCGGACCAUGUGCCAAAGUUAUCAGCUACAGAACUGUCAUCAGGCCAUCCUUCAAGAUUGCGUACAAGCAAGUCUCUGCUGUGGAGUGGAGAUGCUGCCCGGGAUUUGUUGGAGAGGAGUGCCGUGAAGAGUGUAUGAACUGCACUACUUUCAGUGACAUCAAUGGGAGGAUUAACAACAUCGAAUUAAAGGUGAAACUCCUGGAAGAGGAACGUUCUUCUCUUCCAGCACUUCGCCGAUUACCAUAUGGCUCAGUGGAAAAUGAAGUGGACCCUCCUCGACCCACUUCUGUUGGACCACCUCCAUACCUGCCUGCAGUUGCUGGCAGAGGGCCUCCAGGGCCCGUUGGACCUCCAGGGCGUGCAGGUUCCACAGGAUCUCCAGGUCUUCCUGGAAAGGCAGGCCUUCCAGGACCUAUGGGGCCCAAGGGGGACAGAGGUUUGCCAGGAGAAAUUGGUCUUCCUGGCCCUCCUGGUCCACCAGGCCCUCCAGGGUCUGCUUCUUCUCCUGUCCAAAUCCGAGGAGACGUUUUUCAUGUGGAACCUUCUCAAGAGAACCCCAUCCGUUCAGCCAUCCCUCCUCCUCGGAUCACAGUUGGUCCUCCUGGUCCAGCAGGUCCUGUUGGUCCCUCAGGCUCCCCGGGAACACAAGGCCCUGCUGGAGCCCCAGGACUCCCUGGACAAGAUGGCAAGGAAGGGCUUCCAGGCAGGCCUGGCAGUCCAGGGCCUAAAGGAGAUCCAGGGGAAGCGGGGCCCCCAGGUGCAACAGGGGAGCAAGGCCUACCAGGAGCGUCAGGACCAAAAGGAGAGCCGGGAGUGAGCCUGAAUGAUGGAGAGGCCAUUCAACAGCUCAGGGAGGCGCUGAAGAUCCUGGCGGAGAGGGUGCUGAUCCUGGAGCAUAUAAUAGGGAUUCAUGAGAACUCUGAGGGCUCUGGGUUUGGCAGCCUUUCAGACCCGCUGUCUUUCUCUGGCCUGAAGACCAAGCGGCGUCAAACUGUUCAAAUCCUUUCCCACUCUCCUGAUCUAAAGGAUCGACAAGGACAGGUUCCCCUUUAAAAUUAUGCUUUGAACCCACAUUUCUGUGUGGAAUUGUGAGGGAAGUGGCAAAUCUUUUUUAAUGAAUGGUGCUUUUGGGGCUUCAGAUUGAGUCACUUGCAGUGACUUGAGACAUGACUGUAGAGUCUUCCUCAGCAGACUUGACUUGAUGUUCCGGACUUGUGAGCAGUGUUAAAUUGUUUUUGUCUUCUAUAACUUAAGUAGAGUUACAACCUUUGGCUUUUUUUUUACAUCGGUGUUUGUUGCCCACUUGAAAUGAAUAUAAGUAAUUGAAUAUUUGCUGCUCUCCACUUGUUUGUACGUAAAGUAUGACCAUGGAUUGAUCAUUUCAGCUACAAACUUAACCUGCAAAAACAUCUUCUGAGCCUCUCUGGAUAUUUUUUCCUUCAUAUUUCUUAUCGUACCUUAGAUUUUUUUACCUAUUUUUCUAUAUUUUACAUUUUUUCUCCUACAUGAUCUGUUGUUAUAAUGUUCUUAGAGAGAUGUUAAAAACUUAUUGCAAAUGCAAAAGGAUUUAUCUAGUCUUUCUCAACUCCUCUUUCUUCUACAACUAAAUUAUCGCAACACAAAAACUACAACAUAUUUCUAAAAUUAAUAUGCAUUAAAUUUGGUCCAAUAAAGUUCUGAUUUUUUUUUUUUUUUUUGGUAAUGUUGCCAAACCCCAAAUGUAUGAUUUAGUGUGGAAAACAUUCUUGCAGUGACCUUAACUUUUGUCAGAUAAGAGUUUAUUCUCUCUUUGCUGUUGUGAGAGACUUCCAUGAAUAUCUGCUUAAAAUCAAACUAAAUUAAAGGAACACUUACUGUAAAACACACAUCUGGAACACAAAGGAGGAAGAUCCUGACAGAGCAGCGAUUUCUAUUUGGCCCGAACACCCUAAGAUGCCGACGGGGAGCUAAAUUUGACAGGAUUACGUUGACUUCUUCAUAAACUCCCUGAGAUUUCUGUUAACACUGAUAUGAUUACUGUAUAACAGGUCUCUGAGAGACACUGUUGUUUUCUGAAUAAAUCUUCUGCCGUGUC